AUGAACGAGCUGGUGCAGAAGAACACGCUGUACGUCGGCGGCCUGGCGGAGGAGGUGAACGAGAGUAUUCUACACGCCGCCUUCAUCCCCUUCGGAGACAUCAAGGACGUCAAAACCCCACUCGACCAGGCCACGCAGAAGCACCGCUCCUUCGGCUUCGUCACUUUCCUCGAGCGAGAGGACGCCGCCGCCGCCAUGGACAAUAUGGACGGCGCCGAGCUCUACGGCCGAGUCCUCACAGUCAAUUACGCCCUGCCGGAGAAAAUCAAGGGCGGUGAACAGGGCUGGGCGGCCAAACCCAUUUGGGAGGAUGCUGACACGUGGUUCGAGAGGCAAGAGCAAGAGCGUGAAAGGCAAAGGCUUCAGGAGGAGCAACGAGCUGCCAUGAAAGUCGCAGAGGAGCUCCACCGCAAGAAAGUUGCUGAGGAGAGAGAAGGAGAGAAGGAAGAUGAAGUUGCAGAUGAUCCUAUGAAAAUGGCCGAAGCCCAGGUUUUGAACCAAAAUGCAUAA